AAGAACUCCAAGGCCCAGCCCAUCAGCAAAAAUAGAAAGAAAAAAGCGGACAAGAGCGGCGGCGGUGUGGUCCGUCCUCGUUCCGGCGUACCCGCACGUGUCGCGGCACGGCAGACGCCACCGCCCUCCCGUGGCACCCAACCACAACUCCUGCUCCGGCACCCCCUUCCCUCCCCAGCCUUCUCCACCGCUCUCCCUCCCCCCUCGUCGGCGGCGAAAAUCUCCGGAUCCAUCCCGGCCUCCGUUCCAUCGCCACCCUCUCCACCCGCAAGGGUUUAAUUCUGAGGGGAAUUUCCGAGCAUUUCCUGCCUGCCUACGGCGUAAAUACAGGUCUGCGGGCUGUCCUGCUUCGUCUCGCGGUCUUCGAUGCGUGGUGGAGGCAACACGCAGGAUAGGAUGCAGCAGGUUCAGCACACGGUUCAGACGCACGGAUAUGGACUGGCCAGAAAGCACACUUAUGACUGGGUCGUUCUUACGCUCCUAGCUGCGGCCGUGGUCGUCUUGCAUUAUGCUCCGCCGUUUAAUCGGUUCGUUGGGAAGGAUAUGAUGGCUGAUAUUAGGUACCCGGUGAAACAGAGUACUGUGCCAGCAUGGGCUGUUCCUGUAAUCUCUAUGCUGUGUCCAGUGCUUGUUUUCGUAGCGGUGUAUGUUGCUAGAAGGGACGUCUAUGACCUUCACCACGCAACGCUAGGUGUUAUUUUCGCUGUGCUGAUCACUGCCGCGUUCACUGAUGUGAUAAAGACUGCAGUAGGGAGACCAAGGCCAGACUUCUUUUGGCGGUGUUUUCCUGAUGGAAGGCAGGUAUAUGAUCAAGUGACAGGUGGUGUGAUUUGCCAUGGCGAGAAAGGUUUCUUAACCGAUGGGCGCAAGAGUUUUCCUAGUGGACACACGUCGUGGUCUUUUGCUGGACUUGGAUUUUUGUCACUAUACUUAUCUGGCAAAAUUAAGGCGUUUGAUCGCAAAGGUCAUGUGGCAAAACUUUGCAUCGUGAUUCUUCCUCUUCUUCUUGCUUCGCUUGUUGGGGUUUCUAGAAUAGACAACUAUCGGCACCACUGGGAGGAUGUGCUUGUCGGUGGCCUGAUUGGAUAUAUCAUGGCAGUGCUGUGCUAUCUGCACUUCUUUCCUCCUCCAUAUCACCAUCAAGGUUGGGGUCCCUAUGCGUACUUCCACAUGCUGGAAGAGCUUGAGGUGCACAAUUCAAAUAAUGCACAAAACCAGCAGUCUGCAGGUGAGCAUCAUAUCGGAUUGACCGGCCAACACCAUAACGGGAGAUCAAGAAAUGAUUUGGAAUCUGGAAGUGUGUAACUCACCCCUCUGUGGAACCGACUAGCAUACCUUGUACAGUAAGCAUGCGUUAAAAACUUUUUUAUGUGUGCACUAAGCAAGUAUUAGGAGUUUAGAACUAGAUAUGUGCUAUCUCCCCCUCAUGUUUGUGUACAAAAGUCACUCGCUCAGUAUAUUCUGACCUAGUUGUUCUAGGGCCACCUGUUGUAUCUAAAUGAUGUGUUAACGUCGUAGACCGUGUGAGUGGCUGGUGGACGUACUGAGUACGAACUUAUUCCGCUGUUCAACAAGCACAACUGAGCGAUGAUAAUGACAAGCAUAUCUAGAGCCAUUGAACAUUCUCUAUCAGGUUGCACCACCGCCCAGAGUAGCUAGUGGUCCAGUGGCUCUGUAUCUAUCAAUUCAUAGGCAAAAGGCGCAAACUUAUACUGACUGACUGUAUUUAUUCCCCGUCCUUGGUCUUAUUCCAAGCUGGGAAGAAGAGAUCGACACGGAUCAAUGAUCUUAGUUGUUGAGCUAGAGGCAAAAGGCAGCAGAUCCCUGAAAUCUCUGCUUUACACCAUGAGGGCGACCGCUGCCAGCUCUGUGAUUCUGUGUUAUGU